AAGCCCAGAGGACUAAAGCAGGAAGCCAUGAAGCUUGUUGCAGUCUUUGCUCUACUGUGUCUCCUGGGGGUCAUCACCUGGGCCGAAGAGCUGCAGGACUAUGACCUGAGUCUAAAGACGCCCCAUUGCCGUCACCCAGAGUACCAGGAGUGGUACAGUGUCGGCAACAUGUGCGUCAAGUUGAUAGACCAAGCUCUUAAUUUCAAUGAAGCCGAGAGUCACUGUGCAGGCAUUGGUAAAAACAUUCACCUCGUGAGUCUGCACUGCGCCAAGGACAACUUCAGCAUUGGCCGUUUCGCCAGGGAAAUCAAAGACAGCGACUUCUGGGUGGGCGCACAGAUAAGGCGUGGACGCUGGAAAUGGACUGAUGGCAGCAACACUGAUUACAAGAACUUAAGAGGCACUCCCCCCUCCACAGGUCGCAGCUGCAUUGCAAUGCACGGAGGUGGUAAGUGGGAUGCAGUGAACUGCAACAUGAAAUUGAAUUUCAUCUGUGAAUUCAAAGAAUAAUCUGUGGAGCACCAGAGAAGAGGAACAAGAAUAAAAACAAGAAAAAUGCCUUUUGCUUGCUUUUCUCCAAAGUCUGCAGAGAGACAAAUGAGGAUGUUUGUUCUGCUCUUGAACAGUGAUUUGAAAGGAAAACCAAAAGCUAUAUCUUGCCUUGCAUAGCUAAUUUCUAUCAUUAUUAAAACA